AUGUUGUUUGAUUUCAUAAAAGAGAUGCCGAAACCUGAAACAGAAAUCAGACUAGAUUUUUCUUCUCUCCUUGGACCAUUAUUCUUUACAUGGGUCAUUUUGCAACUAUUCCCUAUUGUACUAACAGCUCUGGUGUAUGAGAAGCAACAAAACUUAAGGAUCAUGAUGAAAAUGCAUGGGCUUGGGGAUGACCCUUACUUGAUGAUUUCUUAUGCAUACUUUCUUGCCAUAUCAUUGGUGUACAUGUUCUGUUUCGUGGUCUUUGGCUCAGUUGUAGGGUUAAAGUUUUUCACAUUGAAUGACUAUAGCAUUCAGUUUGUAUUCUAUUUCAUCUACAUAAACUUACAAAUUUCUCUGUCGUUUCUAGUAGCUGCUCUAUUCUCUAAUGUGAAGACUGUUGCAGUGGUAGGGUACAUGAUUGUCUUUGCAAGUGGCCUCUUAGGAGGAUUCUUCUUCCAGUUCUUCCUUCAAGAUACAUCACUCCCAAGAGUUUGGAUUGUGGUGAUGGAGUUAUAUCCAUGUUUUUCUCUAUAUGCUGGAUUAUACGAGUUUUCACAGUAUGCUUUUACCGGAAACUAUAUGGGGACUCGUGGAAUGCGUUGGGGAGAUUUAAUUGACAGCAACAAUGGGAUGGUUCACGUCCUAAUAAUUAUGAUUGUGGAAUGGGUGGUGGUUUUUUUUAUGGCAUACUAUACUGACCAAUUUCUAACAUCGGGAAGUGGUUCCCGAAAAAGUCCACUUUUUUUCUCGCAUAAGCUCAAAAGUAAGCCCUCCUCAUCGUUCAAAAAUCCCUUAUCAUCAUUCAGGCUACCGAGUUUACAAAGGAAGGGUUCAAAAGUAUAUGUGGAGCUGGAGAAAUCUGAUGUUGUCCAAGAGAAAGAGAGGGUUGAACUGUCACUACUUAAACAAGACACAACCCAUGCUAUUGUAUGUGAUAACCUCAAAAAGGUGUAUCGAGGAAGAGAUGGAAACCCCGAGAAGAUUGCAGUUAGAGGGUUGUCACUUGCAUUAUCUCAAGGGGAGUGCUUUGGUAUGCUUGGUCCAAAUGGUGCUGGCAAAACUUCCUUCAUAAAUAUGAUGAUUGGGUUGGUUAAGCCAAGCUCCGGUGCAGCAUAUGUUCGUGGCCUGGAUAUAAGAACAGACAUGGAUGGGAUAUAUGCCAACAUGGGUGUCUGUCCUCAGCAUGACCUACUGUGGGAGACCCUAACGGGUAGGGAGCAUCUUCUUUUUUAUGGAAGACUUAAGAACCUUAAAGGUACCACCUUAACGCAAGCGGUUGAUGAAUCUCUUAGAAGCGUGAAUCUAUUCACUGGUGGGAUUGCAGACAAGCAAUCCGGGAAGUACAGUGGAGGCAUGAAGAGGAGGCUGAGUGUUGCCAUUUCAUUGAUUGGAGAUCCGAAGGUUGUGUAUAUGGAUGAGCCCAGUACUGGACUCGACCCAGCUUCAAGAAAAAAUCUAUGGAACGUGGUGAAACGGGCUAAACAAAAUUGUGCAAUUAUUCUCACCACGCAUUCUAUGGAGGAAGCGGAGCAUCUAUGUGACCGCUUAGGGAUUUUUGUAGAUGGCAGACAGUUGAAGCGUAAAUACGGAGGUUCAUAUGUGUUCACAAUGACAACAUCUUCAAAUCACGAGGUGGAUGUAGAAAACCUAGUAAAAGGUCUCUCGCCCGAUGCUAAAAAGAUAUACGAACUAUCUGGGACACAAAAGUUUGAGUUGCCAAAAGAAGCCAUCAAAAUAGCAGAUGUUUUUCGUGCUAUCGAAAAUGCUAAAAGCAGGUUCAUCGUUCAGGCAUGGGGGAUUGCGGACACUACUCUAGAGGAUGUGUUCAUCAAAGUGGCUCGAGAGGCUCAACCAUUUGAUGUUCUCUCAUGAUAACUUCAGUUGAAGAUCAUAAGUUUGAAUCUUUUUUUCUCGUUAACAGAUUAAGAGAGAAGUAUAUGUAUCCCUCCAUAAGUAUUUCGGUUUGUAAUAAAAUGAAUUCUCAUCAAUCAUUGCAGUUGUAUCUUUCUAUACUUUCUCUCAAAGAAGAUAAGGAAUUGUGGG